AGAAAACUAAACUAAAAAAACCCAGACAAGCAAACGAAGCAUCAAAAGGGGCAGCUGUGUGUGCCUUUUUAUAGUAAACAAAAACUAAUUGCACUUAAUUUCAAUAUCCCAUUAUAUAUACUACUGCUCCAGAAGAAGAAGAAGAAGAAGUAGAGAGAGAAAGAAACAGCAGCAGAAACACAAGAGAGAGAGAGAGAGAAGAAGAGAGAGAAAGAUGGAUAGAGGAGUGAUAGCAUCGCAUUCAGUAUCUUCAAUUCCUCGUAUUCCAUCGAUAAUCGGUCAACGCCGCCGCUGCAGUGUUGUUAUCCCAUCUGCCACGCGUCAAAAUCCCUUGUUUCCUUCGACUAUCAACCCUGUCUCAAUUGGAUUGCUCAAUUUACCUAGGAUUAAUUUCCUGUGCAAAAGUACUGCCGAUUCAGGUGAGAAUGAGAGCAAAACAGUUUUGGAUGCAUUUUUCUUGGGGAAGGCUCUGGGAGAAGUAAUUAACGAGCGAAUAGAGUCAACCGUGGGCGAGUUUCUGAGCGUAAUUGGCAGAUUGCAAGCUGAGCAGCAAAAACAUGUGUCUGAAUUCCAGGAGGAGGUGUUGGAGAAGGCUAGACGAGCGAAAGAGCAAGCUUCGAGGGAAGCUGUGGAAGCAAAAGGCGUAAUUCCAAACGCGACUGUGAUUUCUGCAGCUGCAACUACAGUGUCAAAGCAUACCAAGGAAGACCCCUUUUCCAAGGGUACCAAAUAAGGAUUCAUUUUACUAGUUAUUUAUUCAUCGUAUCGAACAUUAUAGUAAGACAUUGUCUGUCGAUUAUAUACCAGGUCGUCAAUAAUAAAGUAUGCAUCUAUUCAAUUACUACAAUUUUCUCUAGUUAAAUAUAUGAAGGACCACACACUUGAUAUAUAAGAAUGUCGAAAAAUUGGUGUGUUUUAUCGU